GGGCGUGCGCAGUGACGGCUCGCGUCCCUGUUACUCAGCGGAGCGGCCAAGGCCGGACGACGCGGCCCGGAGAGCGGAGCCGCGAGCAGCGCUGGGUAACGGCCGCGGCGAACGCCCGGACAGUGUCCGUCCUUUCUGGGGUCUUUACUAUUGCGUUUUGCGGCGCUGCGGGCUUGAAGUCUACUUUAUCUGAUAUGAGAAUGGUAACCUCUACUUGUUUUCGAGAUCCAGCCUCUUGGUGAAUUUUUGGAUGAAGCCAUUAAAUUAAUUUCUUGCCAUCAUGAGCAGAAGCAAGCGGGACAACAAUUUUUAUAGUGUAGAAAUUGGAGAUUCUACAUUCACAGUCCUGAAACGGUAUCAGAAUUUAAAACCUAUAGGCUCCGGAGCUCAAGGAAUAGUUUGUGCAGCUUAUGAUGCCAUUCUUGAAAGAAAUGUUGCAAUCAAGAAGCUAAGCCGGCCAUUUCAGAAUCAAACUCAUGCUAAGCGGGCCUACAGAGAACUAGUUCUUAUGAAAUGUGUUAAUCAUAAAAAUAUAAUUGGACUUUUGAAUGUUUUCACACCACAGAAAUCCCUAGAAGAAUUUCAAGAUGUUUACAUAGUCAUGGAGCUCAUGGAUGCAAAUCUUUGCCAAGUGAUUCAGAUGGAACUAGAUCAUGAAAGAAUGUCCUACCUUCUCUAUCAGAUGCUGUGUGGAAUCAAGCACCUUCAUUCUGCUGGAAUUAUUCAUCGGGAUUUAAAGCCCAGUAAUAUAGUAGUAAAAUCAGAUUGCACUUUGAAGAUUCUUGACUUUGGACUGGCUAGAACUGCAGGAACAAGUUUUAUGAUGACUCCUUAUGUAGUGACUCGAUACUACAGAGCACCUGAGGUCAUCCUAGGCAUGGGCUACAAGGAAAACGUGGAUUUAUGGUCUGUGGGGUGCAUUAUGGGAGAAAUGGUUUGCCACAAAAUCCUCUUUCCAGGAAGGGACUAUAUUGAUCAGUGGAAUAAAGUUAUUGAACAGCUUGGAACACCGUGUCCUGAAUUUAUGAAGAAACUACAACCAACAGUAAGGACUUAUGUUGAAAACAGACCUAAAUAUGCUGGAUAUAGCUUUGAGAAACUCUUCCCUGAUGUACUUUUCCCAGCUGACUCAGAACACAACAAACUUAAAGCCAGUCAGGCAAGGGAUUUGUUAUCCAAAAUGCUGGUCAUAGAUGCAUCUAAAAGGAUCUCUGUAGAUGAAGCUCUUCAGCAUCCAUACAUCAAUGUCUGGUAUGAUCCUUCUGAAGCAGAAGCUCCACCACCAAAGAUCCCUGAUAAGCAGUUAGAUGAAAGAGAACACACAAUAGAAGAGUGGAAAGAAUUGAUAUACAAAGAAGUGAUGGACUUGGAGGAGAGAACCAAGAAUGGAGUUAUACGAGGGCAGCCCUCUCCUUUAGGUGCAGCAAUGAUCAAUGGCUCUCAGCAUCCAUCGUCAUCGUCGUCUGUCAAUGAUGUGUCUUCAAUGUCAACAGAUCCGACUUUGGCCUCAGAUACAGACAGCAGUCUAGAAGCAUCAGCUGGACCUCUGGGCUGCUGUAGAUGACUACUUGGGCCUUGGGGGGGUGGGAGGGAUGGGGAGUCGGUUAGUCAUUGAUAGAACUACUUUGAAAACAAUUCAGUGGUCUUAUUUUUGAGUGAUUUUUCAAAAAAUGUAGAAUUCAUUUUGUAGUAAAGUAGUUUAUUUUUUUUAUUUUCAAGUGAUGUAAUUUAAAAUCUAAGUUGUGUUUUAAAACAGCAACAAAACUGUAUUGUAUUUUUUGCUGUAAUUAACUGUAUAAUGUAAACCUAAUUAUUUUAUCAUGUUUUAAAUUUUUUGCAUAUUUGCUUUAUCUAUGCUGCUGAUUUUUUUUUUACUGAAUUUGUAAGAUUUUGUUUAUCAAAGCAACUAUUAUGUGGUGACUUGCCUAUAUCAUGAAUUAUUUAAGAUUUUUAUAGUUUUUUUAUUAGAAUUUAUUUCAGAUGUUUUGUUCAUGAUACUAUCCUUCAGGGUUAUAUGCUUAUCAAUGAAAUAACCCCAGAGGAGUGAGGGAAAAUCACCUGUAGCCAGUUAUAUUCAGGAAUAACUACUGUAAAUGAUGAACGUGGCAAGAGACCUCCAUUGUUUGCUACCAGCCAAUCCUAAUUUAGAUACAGCAAUGGGUAGGCAAUCCUACCUGAAUUUUGGCAAAAGCCCCAUCAUCUAAAUGGCAGAAUAACAGAGCGUGUCUUUCAAGUGCCAGGAAUGUACCACCACCUUCUUUUCUCCCCACCUAACCAACAAAAAGUCAAGGAAUAUAGUGUAUUCUGCAAAUUUGUGGCAUGCUCAAAGCUAUGAUCACAUAAAGUCAAGAGGAUACUUCAUGAAUAAUACAUUUCAAUGCAAAUAAACAGAUGGUUCACUUAUACUAGCUAUGAGCCUGUUUUUGUACAUACUGAGUUAGUCUUAGGCUGUAGGUCCUAGCAGUGGUCUAAAGUCUGGCUCCACAUUUUCUGCAGCCUUGUCCCUUAGACCUUUCUGGUUUCAAAACUAUUGGAGGGUUAGUCAGUUGAGCACCAGUUCUCAUGGUGUUUCUGGCCAUUUGAUUCUGCCUGUAGUAUAAUCAUUUAUAUCAGCUGUCAGGAGGUUUCAAAGCCUACUUAGAUUUGUGUAGGUGACGUAUCAAAUGAGCAAUAUACCGUUCAUCUGAAAAUAGUAGCACACAGCCAUAUAUAGGAUAUCAUUUUCUAAGGACUGUUUCUUCACAUCGAGCAGAGCAGGCAUAAAUGGUGGUUACUUAGUCUGAGUCUUUCAUUUUUUAUACCUUAUUUCCAAUAUAACACGCAAUGUGGACGUCGAGUAGUGUAAGAAUGGUGCUGCUCCUGACAGGUGUGUGUUAACUGUUUACAUUUUAUAUCUGCAGAAUUAUUUCUCUAUAACUGAAUUUUUUCUAGGUAAAAUGUCAUUGAGGUCUCAUUAUUUCUGAACUACAUUAUCUGUAAUGACCCCACGCACCUUAUGUUAUGCCUAAAACAAGAGGGAUUUCAUGUAAUGAACUGGGAAAUGCUUACUUACAUAAAUGGCAAGGUUCUGGGCGGAAAGCCUAUCGGGAUUCAUGACCAACAGGAGCAAGAAUAGGUGCAGCUCAGCAAAUGUCUGAAAGUUCGCUUGGCAUUUUAUUCAUAUAUUUAGUGCAAAAUUCCUUUUGAGUUAGAUAUUUUAGGUCAUUGUUAAUGUGCAAUAUUUAAGAUUAAAAUACAUUAGCCUUUUUAUAUACUUUGAAAUAGCAAGCUUGUUUUUGAUGGGUUCAAGUCAUGAUUUCUUGCCUCCCACACUUGGUAAUGAUCCCUUUUCUAGUCAUACAACAUGGUGCAUUAAUUUUAUUAGGAAAAUUAGAGUUUUGAGACUGUAACCCUCUUGAGUUAUAUAGGAUUGGAUUCACAAUUCUAGAAAUUUGAGCAUGAGUGUAUUCUCAGUUCAUAUUAGUUUUAUAGUUAAUUAGAUUUAUUUUCUCUAGGGUAGAUUAUAUCACUAUUGCACUUUAACAGCUGACAUGCCUUUAAAAGGCUCCCAUAUUUUAUAUUUCAUUGCUGAUAUGCCAUCUCUAUUGAUUCGGAUGUUGGUUAAGCAAGGAAUACCAGGUGUUCUGACUAUAUCAUUUGUUGUAAAUGCCAGCUCCCACUUGCCAACCAUCAUAUUUCAGUUGAAUUGAAAGAAAAAAAAAAAAGCCUAUUGCUUAAUGUAAACCAAACUGCUAACCAGUUAUAUCCUAAAACCAAGGUCUGGUUGUUAAAUCUUGAGUGCCCUAGGUCUGAAAAAUAUAUUGUCUAAAUACAGCUUCCCCUUUUUGCUUAAAUUUAUUAAACUAACUAUGUACUGGUACUUUUUCUUUUAGAGUCUUAACGUGUCUUACAUCUUUUUUUGAAGAAAUUACAAAUAUCUGUCAAGCAGUACUUGUAUUAAGCCACUUUCUUAUAAUUUUGUUUUUCAAUUUUAUACACUUAAUAUACCCAUCAUCUUACUGUCAGAAAAUUAUUUUAGCUGAGACUUAUGACUUGACUUUGUAAGUUUGAAAAGAUACUGAUUCUUUAUUCACGUCUUCCUAGUUACAGUUCUCUUACUCUCUAAUAUAUAGUAAUCAUUUGUAAACUGAUCAUAUCAUUGAGAUUGCUAAAUUAUGAUAUACAUAGAGCAUCUAAGCUCUUUCAUACUAUUUGCUGAACAAUUUUCAUUGUGUCAUGCACCUUCGGCUGCUGAUUGCUCCUGGUGUGCGCUCUUCCAAGUUGGUAAAGACGCAGUGUGCUUACACCAGACUUUCUAGGAAAGACCAGCCUCUCAGAGGAGAAAGCAGCAGACUUUCCUAUAAGCUUUUUUGUUAUUCUGUUCUGGGCUAGUCUUGCCGGGUUGUCCAAAAAGAUAAGAUGAAGAGUAUAUCAAUGUCUGGUAGUGAAAUCAGCAGCAGGCAAGUGAAGCUGUUUCCUGGGUUACAAAUACUAUUGGCCAGUAUCUGCUACAUGUAUGAAGACUAUUCAGUGUUGCCUAGGCACUAGCCUGCACAACAUUUUGAGGUUAAAACAUAGUAUAUUUUCAAGAAUACUGUUGUAGUUUGUGAGUGUUGUUCAUUAGUCACACAUUAGCUGUAGAGUGGAUGCAUGACACCCUGUGACCCCAGUAAACCUCUCUUACCAGUGAAGUAGAAAACCAAGCACCACCUUCUGUCAUUAGCAGCCCUCUUAAAUGUUGCCUCUCCAUAUAGCCUGUUGCAUUUUAGCGUGCAUCGUGUUUCUACUGAUCUCUUUUAGGAUUUUCCUGACUCACAGGAAACUAAUUUGUCCUUAAUAAAAUAGCAAGAAAGAUGAAGAGGUAAAGGGCAUUGAAGCAGAAAUGUAUAGUUUGGGGUGAGAUUGGAAAACUCAUAAGGAAAACAAAAGUCCUAGUCAAUUUCAAAGUAACUGCUCUUAGUAAAGUGCUCUUAAGGAGAGUCUAGUAAGAGUAACACUUUCUGGCCAUUUCUGAUUUAGAUUCUCUUCAUUACUGAAACUUCUGAGAAAUAUUACCUGUGGAUUAGUUUUGCACAAUAUUCUAUUCUCACAAUGACUUAAAAUGAAACUAGGUUUUUAUUGAACUACCUCACACUAAUUUUCUAUGCUUUCCCAAGUAAGCUGUUGCCCUGUUAGACCUUUACUGAGUGUGAAUUAUAAAUGUGCUUUGAAUACUUUAUAGCCAAUGUUGAAAAAAUACCAGUAAGUAUGUAAAAUAUAUACCUUGCAUCAGUAAGAGACACUCACGUGUAAAAUCUUUCACUGUAUAUCUUGAAAAUUGUGUUAGAUGUGCUUGUUGACAUUAUUACUGUCUGUUUUUGUAAGUAGAAACCUGCUCGUGGUAUCAGUCCAUUCUUUACAUUUUACAAAAGGAGUAAAUCUUAGUAAAUUUUACGAAGAAAUAAAUUACUUUUGUAGGCCCAAUAUUUGGUAUAUUUUUGAGAAGCUGUUAAUCUUUUAGCCGAAUGAUGAAGUUAAACUGAAGUAGCUGUCUACCUGGACUGUGACAUCUAUUUUCUCAUUACAGUUUAUCCUGUUCAACAGGUUUUUGAACCUGGAAACCUAAGUAUAGUUACUGACUUUUUUUUUUUUUCCUCCCUAUACAUGUCAUUUUCUUCUUCACCACCCCUCCCUCAUGUCCAAUUCCCUCUCCUCUCCUCACCUCGCCUCUCCUCUCCUUUCCUUGCCUCUUUAGAUGAAACAAAAUGGGGCACUUUGUAGGGAAUGCUGAGAUCAUUAUUGUGGUUUUUAAUCAUUCAUGCCCUAGUCAUUAAACAUGCACCACUGGAAUGUAAACAUUGUUAUCUAGUAUGUCAAUUGGUUAUAAUAUUUUAAAUAAAAAACAAAAAAGUGGUAUGAAAAUUA